GCAUACCUAAUGCAAUUAAGAAGUACUAAGUCAAAGACAGGAUGUCACUCCUAUGCCUUUGUCUGUUCUGCUGAAAUUGGAGACCAAUUCGAAGCGUUUUUUAUCUUGAAAGGCGCGCAAAGCCCAGCCCAAACGAAAGCAGAAAAUGGAUGCCUGAAGAAGCGAAGUCUUACAGAUGGUUGGCAAAAAAGAACAGGGCGGGCAAGCUUGGAGACGUGAGAGCAGCAAGGCACAAUCACACCAACAAAGCAGGAUGAAGAUCAAGGAAGAAGAAAAGAAGAAGAGCAGGGCGGCUACUAUGAGGAAAAGAGGGAGCCGGACGAGGGGAGGGGGAGGUGAAGCCGAGAUUUAGGGUCCAGAUGCCGCUCAACGUCCAAGUCGCGGUGGCGCUAAUGAAAAAUCACAAUCGGCUGCCAUAGCUAGGAUAGCGAUGUACAGCGCAUGUACAUCGGGCCCUACACUGCGAUCUCAU